AUGUCAAAAAAAGACUUAUUAAGAUGUGAAAUUCAAAUUAACCCAAGUGAAUUAGCAAUCACCAAAUUAUUAAACCCUAAACCAAAGUUUGAAUACUUCUAAUCAUCUAUGUUACAAAAAAUGCAGAAUUUUUUACCAGAAUUUAAAAAAGCUAAUGAAUAGCUUUAAAAUACAGAUAAUCUAAAACAACUCUAAAUUAAUGAUUAAAAUGCAUUAAUGAGAACCAAUAUAAAAGAUCUAAUACCUGAUCCUAAAAUAAGAAGAUAUAUUAGAAGAACUGGAAGAUAAUAAAAAAUGAUCAAUUUGGUAAUAUAUUUAAUUUUUAAGUAUUUAAGGAUUUGUAUAUGGGAAUUAUGGAUACAAGUAAAGAUUUUAAGGAAUGA